UUAUUCUCAUCAUCUCCUACAUACUGGUUAGCCCACUCAGAUGAAUUUUACAAAUUCGGACAAAAACCCUUAUACAGAAUUGCAGAAAAUGGUAGUAGUACAAUAGCCUGUGUUGUUGGUCUCUCGGGUUCGUACUAGCAAAGAACAGGGUACCAGAAUAAGGAGGAGGAUCCGUAAAAGGUUGAACGGCACGGUCAACAACACAAACAAAAUCCCCACAAAACCCAUGUAGAGAAAUGAGAUCAGGGGCUUAAUUUCUCAGAGAGAGCUUCAAAUUUUGGAAGAUGAUAAGGGAGAGGAGGGCAUAGGUGUGAGAUUUGGCGGAGUAGAAGGGGACAGAAUAGACAUCCGCCCGGAAAUACAGGACGCCGUACAGUCAUAAAUACUCUUUUUGAUUCAGUUUCUCGUGAAUUUUUUUUCAUUAUUGGAAUUUAACCAACACAAUAGCCUCACAAGUGAGGCACUACAGUCUUGAUUCUUUAUUAUCGCUCUUCUUCUCUCUCUCUUUCUCUCUCUGUCUCUGCCACACAUCACACCCAAACAGUCGCAGCAUUGCAGGUUUGCAGCAAUUGCAGGCAGCACUGCUGCUGCAGCAGCAGCUUCACAGCCUACAGACAAGCAAAAGAAAGAAAAGAGAAAUGAGUAAGGCAGGGAAGAGGGAGAAAAGGCCAUUUUUAUGAGACUCCAACUUAAAUCACAAUGAAAGCUUGAUUUGAUGCAAACCCAAAAACUCCCCAUUCAGUCACUCAUUCAGUCUCCUCAGCGAGAAAAAAGUUAAAGAAAGAGCCCAAAAAAAGAAACAAAGGAAAAUUAGCAGAGAGUGAUAGGUCAGUGGGAGGUGAGAGAGAGAGAGAGACACACACAGAAAGAGAGUCUCUUUCUUUUUGGAGUAUUGGGUCAGCUUCUUUUGGCAAUGCCAAAGGUGCUCCCACCUCACGCUCUCUGAAAAUGCUCAGGCAUGAAAUCACUCUCUUGAAAUCCCUCCUUCCUCCAAGGCUUUUAUCUCCAGCUUUUGCGCAACCCUCUUCCCUUUGUUGUUAGAUUCUUUAGCAUUGUCUCUAGGGCUUUGUUUCCUGUGAUGGGUUUGAUCGAUCUCAACACUACUGAGGACGACGAAACGCCGUCGUCGGGUUCCUCUGCUUCAUUGUCCUCUCACUCCGGUAAUAGCAUUUCGGCCUCCACCUACCCUUCUCCUUCGUCCGUGUGCUUGGAGCUAUGGCACGCGUGCGCGGGUCCAAUGAUUUCGCUACCAAAAAAAGGAAGCAUCGUGGUUUACUUCCCACAGGGCCACCUUGAGCAGCAGGCUCAGGAUCUUCCGGUCUCCGCUUACAAUAUCCCACCCCAUGUUUUCUGUCGCGUUGCAGAUGUUAAGCUCCAUGCGGAGGAAGGUAUAGACGAGGUGUACUGUCAGGUGUCGCUGGUUCCUGAAAGUGAGCAAGCUGAAAGAAGAUUUCGGGAAGGUGAAAUCGAUGCUGACUGUGAAGAUGAGGAUGCUGCAGCUGCAGUGAAGUCUACAACGCCACAUAUGUUCUGCAAGACCCUGACAGCUUCUGAUACUAGCACUCAUGGGGGAUUCUCUGUGCCUAGGCGUGCAGCUGAAGAUUGCUUUCCUCCGCUGGAUUACAAUCAACAGCGUCCUUCGCAAGAACUUGUGGCAAAGGAUCUGCAUGGCCUGGAGUGGAAGUUCAGGCAUAUUUACAGGGGGCAGCCUCGCAGGCAUUUGCUUACAACUGGUUGGAGUGCAUUUGUAAACAAGAAGAAACUUGUGUCUGGAGAUGCUGUACUGUUUCUGAGGGGUGAAGAUGGAGUUCUGAGAUUAGGGAUUCGCAGGGCAUCUCAGUUGAAAUGUGGUGCUAACUUUUCAGUUCCCGCUGGCCUGCAUCUUAAUCCCAGCAGUUUCAUGGAUGUGGUCAAUGCAAUAUCUGCAAGAUGUGCCUUUAGCGUUUGCUAUAAUCCAAGGGUGAGCUCGUCAGAGUUCAUAAUUCCACUCAACAAAUUUUUGAAGGGCCUUGAUCAAUUUUAUUCAGCUGGAAUGAGGUUCAGGAUGCGUUUUGAAACUGAAGAUGCUGCAGAACGAAGGUGCACAGGAUUAGUUGUUGGAAUUGGCGAUGCAGAUCCUGUUAGAUGGCCCGGAUCUAAAUGGAGAUGCCUUAUGGUAAGGUGGGAAGAUAUGGAAGCCACUAGGCAUAACAGGGUUUCCCCGUGGGAAAUUGAGCCAUCCGGUUCUGCUUCCUCUCCCAACAACUUCAAUGCAGCUGGUUUAAAGAGGACCAGGAUUGGUUUGCCUUCUUCAAAACAAGAAUUUCCAGUUCCAAAUGGGAUUGGGACACCAGACUUUGGGGAAUCAUUGAGGUUCCAGAAGGUCUUGCAAGCAAGAAAUUUUGGGUGUUAAUAUUCCUUUUGAUGGUAUUAGUGCUCAGAGCCACCCCUUUUCUGAAAUAAGUAGGCGCCAUCCUGGUUCAAGCGUUUCUGGGAUUGCCGCUACAGGAAAUAAUUUCAGAAUUCCACAGGUGCAUUCUGAUGUUUCGUGC